UUCUUGUCGGAUGGGCAGUCGGUUCUACGCCAAGCUGUUCAUUUUCUUCGUAGUUUGUAACAGUAUUUGGAUCAUCUACCCGUUUGUGGUUCAGUGGAGGGAAGCCUUGUCGUAUGGCGAGCUCAACAGAACCGAUAAUGGUUCGCCUCAGACGCCACUCUCUGAGCAGCGCGUCGCAGGCGCGGGCGGGGGGAGGGGAAUGGAGUGGUGGCAGAAACAACUAUGCAAAUCGGCUUCCCUCGUACAACCUGAGGAUUCGAAGAUGAUGGAUUUGCUGAUGCUUUCCAGAGACAUCACGCCCAAUGCAAGCGAUUAUAACGUGUACCUCGGGGAGACAGGCUGCAACCCACGCCCAUUGUACAGAGCGUGGUGUUCCGUCGAGAGCUUCGCACUCCAGAACCCGAUGGCGAAAGUGUGGUAUCUGAUCACCUCCCCGCAAGUGGACGACACCGACGCUCUCGUCACAAACCUCAAAAAGCGUUACGGAAACCUGAACGUCGUGGGGGCCGAUCUUGACAACAUGUUCACCGGAACGCCCGUCGAGAAAAUAUUCAAGUCGGGCAAAUGGGCGCACAACACGCCCUGGCCGGCGAACAACAUCUCCAAUCUCCUGCGGAACGUCCUGCUGUGGCUGUGGGGCGGGAUGAACGUCGACACCGACUGCAUCUGCGUCAGGAACGUCACGAAUCUGCAUAACGUGAUGGCCUACGAUGAGGUCGGGCAAAUCGCCAACAACGCCAUCAUGCAUUUUGACGCUCAAAGCCCAUUCACGUUCGCGUUGAUGUCGUACAUGAAGAAACAUUUCCAAGUGUCAAAGUGGCAUGUGAACGGGCCGGGUACAGCCACGGCCGUUACGAAGCAAGUAUGCAAUGCCACGGAUAUGAAUGACGUCUUCAUAAAAAAGUGCAGUAACGUGACCCUCCUUCCGUUAAAGAAUUUGCAGAUAGUUCGGUGGAACCAAUGGAAAGACUUCUUCGAGGGCGAACCAGAAAAAUUUAUAGAGACACACAAAGACGGCUAUAUUAUGCAUAUGUACAACAAACUCAGCAAGGAAACACCUAUUAAAAUAGGAUCCAAAAACGUCUAUGAUCACAUAUCUAGAACCUUUUGUCCUGUCACUUAUAGUGCUGCCAAACGUAGAGCAUUUUUCUUCUAGUUUAUUUCAAUGUUAGUUUUUUUUUUGUAUCAUAUUUUGUAAAACAUUUUCCCAGAUGUCGAAUGCCUUUUUUAGGACUAAUAAUUUAAUAAUGUUGAAUAACUUUUUAAUUUUAGUUUGUACCUACCUGGACAUCUUUCAAUAGCAUAAAACAAAUGAUAGAAAUGAAAACGGAGUAAUAACAUUUAAUAUUUGAUUGUAAUAAAAGAAAUUAGACUCAAAUAUCCUGUAUUUCGUGUCAUGUUUUUAUUGUUAUCACUCUCAUAUCAUUAUUAUUAUUUCCUAAUCCGGAAAAUAACAUAAUGAUACGAUAAUGAUUCUCUUUAUCGCUUACCUGUUAUUUUAACAGUAAUUUAUAUAUUUAUUUAUGUAUCUAUCUUUUAACAUAUGAAGCUUAAAGUGAUUACAAGAGGA